AGUGAGGCAAACGUUAAAGGAGGAGCCACCCCCAAAGGAGCCCCUCCUUGCGUCCCUGCCCAACUUGAAGGGAAACUCCAGCUCACUUCAGCCUCACAAGGAGCAGCCACUCUCUGCACAUCCUCAUCCUCAGGUUCACCUCCAGACCAGGGUUUUAAGCCAAGCAACAAUGACAACUGAGCCCAAGACUUCCCAAAAAGUAAAGAAUGUGUUGCUCGUCAUUCUCACGCUUUGGUCCAUCGUUUCCAUCGUCAUCCUCGUUGUUUGGGCCACAUCUCCAAACAUGAAAGGCGCGGCUCAGUGUCGCGCCGAGCUGCAGGACGCCACGGAAAGACUGGAGGGGGCAAAGGUGAAGUUCCAAAAGGACAAAGUGGCCCUGGAGGAGAAAGUGGAGGAAGCGAGGGGGGAGAACAACCAGAAGAAAAGAGAGAUCUUACUCCUGAUGGAGAGGCAAAACACGACCAACGCCAAGCUGGAAGAGAGCCGCCAGGAAAAUGUUGUCCUCAACUGGAACAUCAGCGCGCUACAGGAGGAGGUGAAGCAGCUGCAGCAGAAGGAGGCAAACCUCACGGCUCACAUCAGCCUGCAGGAAGAGCGCAUGGAGGUCCUACAGCAGAACAUGACCGAGGCCUUCCAUCAGACUGAGGCCUGCGUCAACCUGAGGCAGGCGGAUCAAAGCCAAACCAUGGCAGCUCAGGCUCUGACCAAGGCCUGCGACUCUCAGAAGCAGUUCCUGCAAAAGCAGAUUCAAAAGUACAAAGCUGUUGAAUGUAACAUACCUACGGAGAACAAGCAGGAGGAAAAGUCCUGCCCCCCCUCGGGUGGCGCUUCCGUAAUUGUUCCUGUCUCUGGAGCUCCUGCUCUGAUACUGCUCAUGUGCACCACUCUGCUGCUUACGACCUGAUUUCAACAAGCUGGAUAUUAAAAACCAGGACAGCGAGUACUGUGGUCCAAAGUGAGACAGAGUCUGGACCGACUGACGACUGCUGUACAAACUCUCUGUCUGCACAACAAACACGUCGCCAUGGAGAUGCUGACACACGACGAACGCUUGGACUUUUGCUUUCAGCUCCUUGGUUGAACCAGUUUAGAUCUGCUGGUCUCUUUGAGAUUCUCUGCUGUUUCCUUUUUUGUCAUGUAUCUGAUCCUGUCCGGCCCAGAGGAGGGAUUUUUUCUUCUGCUGCGUGUGUCUCAACUUCAUAAGCUUCUUUCGAAUGCCUCAAAGUCAAGGCUAGAAUUUUUCCUUGUUGCAGUGGACUUAAGCUACUCUGCUACUGGAAGGUGGUGUUCAGUUCAGAGCAAAAGGGUGUGGUUUCAGAAAUUCAGCAAAUAGGAAUGUAAAUGUUGAAAAUUUGGGGGAAUUUGACUGUUAAAUUAAAACAUUAAGUCCCAACACAAAAGUAUUGCCUCCACUGUAUGGAAAUGAUCAAUGGCCGGUUUACCCACAAGUCUUUGUCGUGUUUAACACAAUUGAAUAGCACAAUCAACAAAGUACCAACCUGCACUGGAAUAAACAGAGUAAACACAGUGCUGAUUUAACAAGCUUUGUCAGAUGCUUGUUUAAACAGUAGGUUGGAAAAUUAAACCUAAAAAAAUUCACAAUGAUGUUGGUUUUGUACAUUUCUUUUUCGGGUUUGCCAAACAAUUACUGGAUGGCAUUUGCGGACCAUGAAUUACACACCCUGGCCUUCAGUAGUGCUAUGUCUGAAUCACUCAACUCCUUGUUAACCAUUUGAUGAUGCAGAAACCACCUUUACAUUGCAUAUUGAAAAUUCCUGUAGCCACAAUAAAUGUCUCUAAAUAAACGGAAUAAUCAAAAAACAGU